UUAGUACAAUAAACAAUCCAGUCAUAUAUAAGAAUGAAAAUAUUUUUUUUACUCAUUCAUUAGUCAGUUUUACUCAAAUUCCAAAAAUAGAUAAAUUAUGUUUACAAAAAGUAUUAUUAGUGUUCUAACUUUAGCUCUAGUCUUCGCAUCAUUUCAAGCAGAUGUAUACGGAAAAUCACCCAAUAAAAUCACUGGCGGUGUACGAGCAUUUCUUUAUGAGUUUCCAUCGAUCGUAUCAAUACGUUUUUACGGACAACAGCUUUGCGCAGGAGUAUUUAUAACAACAAAACACGUACUAACAGCCGCGCAUUGCCUGGCGGAAGACAACUAUUUCCAAACUGGCGUCGAUUUGUACCCGGCUUCCGAAAUAACCAUAGGGUCGGGGAGCGAUAAUUGCUACUUUCCGAAAGUAAUCCAUAAAAUUAAGGGUUUUAGAAUCCAUCCUCGGUAUCUGGGAUCAUAUAACAGAAAUAUCAAUGACAUUGCCAUCAUAACGUUGGAAAAGCCAAUAAUUCCUAAUCCAUUACAACAAAUAAUAAGAUUACCAAGCGUACAUACUGGAGUUGGUCUACAGUCUGCAGUCGCUGGAUGGGGAACUUCGUAUGAAGGCGAAGGAAAACCAUCAGAAUUACUGAAGAAAGCUUUUGUUAGGACAAUAAGUAAUGCUGAAUGCCAACGUCGUAAUCAUGUUUUUAUUUAUAGUGGACAACUUUGUUGUUCUCAAAAUUAUGGAGUUGGUUUUUGUGACGGUGACAGCGGCGGUCCCCUGGUACACGGCGGGGAAGUUAUUGGUAUCGUAUCAAUGUCGUUUAAUUGCGGUAAAGGGACUCCAGAUGUUUACACCCGAGUUCACUCGUACUUACCAUGGAUAAGAGCAAAUAUCCAGUAAAAAUUUACGACGGCUUUAAUACUUAAUUUUACUGUAUUAUAUAAAUAUAUAUUUUUAUUAUAAAUAAAUAUUUGAUUCCUGUUUUACAAUAAUUUAUUGUUACCUUGCUCAUAUUCACUCUGACAUUAAUUGUUUUUAAUUUAUUAUUUCUUUGAGAACGAAUAAAUUAUAUUUAUAGGUUAUCGGUGAGUAA